AAAAAAUAUUAAAAUUUUGAGAGGGAAUUUUUCUUGCCUGAGAUUCAACAACGAUUAAACUCAUCAUCAAUUUUUAAAUCAUCAUCAAAAUGCCAGCUUAUCAUAGUUCAUUCAAAGAUGCUAAAUGCGAAGUUUAUUGUGGUACCGCAAUCUUGCCAUUGAAGACUAAAGUCAAGGGACCUGCUCCAAAGGAACUCGAUGAAAACAAGGAAGAUAUUAUUGAUGAAGUUUUAAAGUUUUUCAAGUCUAACAUGUUGUUUAGAUCUUACCAAGUUGAAAGCCCAGCUGAUCGUACAUUGAUUUACCUCACCAUGUACACACACUUCUUGUUGAAGCACACUGAAAACAAGAAGACAACAAAGAAGGCCGAUGCUGAUAAACUCUACUUCCAAUUGAGUGAAGAAGCUCUCCCAGGUCCAGGUGAUUCUUCCUUUGCUCUUAUUGCUUUCUACGAUAAGCCAAGAGAUACCAAUGAAAAGAAGCAAUGGGAUUCCUACAUGAGGCAAGCUAAGGAAGAAUUAGGUUUGCGUUUGGCUAAAUUAAUUUUCAAGGAAGAUGGUGUUGCUGACAAGUACUGGAUGCAAUUCAGCAAGCGUAAAUUCCUUGGUAAGGCUUUCAUCAACUAAACCAAAUUCCUUUUUAUUUAGAAAAUGAUCACUCACAUGAUUGUGUUGGAUUUUCACAUUUAAUGUACCACUACUAUUGUGUGUGGCAUGUGUGAUGAAUUUUAACAUUUUGAUGUAUUAUAUAUAUAUUCCAAAAUUCGUGUCAGAUAUAUUCACACACGAGUGUAAAGAUUUGUGGAUUUGUGAAAUUAACACAGAAUCAUUGAUGAUCAUCUUCAACAUCCUUUGUACUUAAAUACCCCAAUCAAACAACCAUAAUUUAUUAUUAAUAAUAAAAUACUAGUUAACGCUAGUAUGCUCAUUAGAUGUUCAC